AUGACAAAAAAGAAUCCUCUAAAGAAAGAAUAUUGGGCCGAUGUUAUAGACGGGUUUAGAGCUCCAGAUGAAGAAGGAGAGGAAGGAAUAGGGCGUUCGUCUUCCCAAGUUCAUUCGUUUACUUCAAAUACUCCUUCCCCCUUCAAUGAAAAGUCCAAGGAUUCCCCUAUUGAGGACAAUAUCGAUAUAACGUCCCAAUCAUCGGUAACGAAGGAGGAUAUCAACAAAAGUUUGAAUAAAGAUCUAUCGAUCCGUCAUCUGUUAACAUUAGCUGUGGGUGGUGCCAUCGGUGUAGGUCUUUUUGUUAACUCAGGUGCAGCUCUUGCAUCAGGAGGUCCAGCAUCAUUAGUCAUUGAUUGGGUUAUUAUCAGUACAUGUCUUUUCACAGUUAUCAACUCAUUAGGUGAACUGGCGGCUGCAUUCCCAGUUGUUGGUGGGUUUAACGUCUACAUUACCAGAUUCGUAGAUCCAUCUUUUGCAUUUGCUGUGAAUUUGAAUUAUUUAGCUCAAUGGUUAGUUCUUUUACCUUUGGAAUUAGUUGCCGCAUCCAUUACCAUUAAAUAUUGGAAUAGUACCAUUAAUUCAGACGCAUGGGUGGCCAUCUUUUACACCGUGAUCACCUUAGCUAAUAUGUUAGACGUGAAAUCUUUCGGUGAGACCGAAUUUGUUCUAUCCAUGGUGAAAAUUUUAGCCAUUAUUGGAUUCACCAUCUUGGGUAUUGUUCUAUCCUGUGGUGGUGGUCCCAAGGGUGGAUACCUAGGUGGGAAAUACUGGCAUAACCCUGGUGCAUUUGUUGGUCAUACAAGUGGUACCAAGUUCAAAGGUUUAUGUUCUGUAUUUGUCACUGCAGCAUUCUCUUAUAGUGGUAUUGAAAUGACGGCUGUCUCUGCCGCAGAAAGUAAGGAUCCAAGAAAGACUAUUCCUAAGGCUGCUAAGAGAACGUUUUGGUUGAUUACAGCCUCAUAUGUGACCAUUUUAACUUUAGUGGGUUGUUUAGUCCCAUAUGAUGAUCCAAGAUUAAUGAGUGGUACAUCAUCUGUUGAUGCAGCUGCUUCUCCAUUAGUCAUCGCCAUUGAAAAUGGUGGUAUUAAAGGUUUAGAUUCAUUAAUGAAUGCCAUUAUCCUAAUCUCUAUUAUUUCAGUAGCAAAUAGUGCAGUUUACGCAUGUUCAAGAUGUAUGGUCUCCAUGGCCCAUAUUGGUAACCUUCCAAAGAAACUAGGUAAAGUAGACAAGAGAGGUAGACCCAUUAAUGCAACUUUGGUGACUUUAUUCUUUGGUCUCUUAUCAUUCAUUGCAGCAAGUGAUAAACAGAAUGAAGUGUUCACCUGGUUAAGUGCCCUUUCAGGUUUAUCGACUAUUUUCUGCUGGAUGGCCAUUAACAUAUCGCAUAUUAGAUUCCGUCAAGCAAUGAUUAAACAAAAUAGAUCCCUUGACGAAAUGCCAUACUUAUCACAAACCGGUGUAUGGGGGUCAUUAUACGGUGUGGUUGUUCUUUUCCUAGUGUUAGUUGCAUCGUUCUGGACUUCAUUAUUCCCAUUAGGAGGUGAUUCUGCGGAUGUACAAUCGUUUUUCGAAGGGUAUCUGUCAUUGCCUAUCUUAAUCGUCUGUUACAUUGGACACAAACUUUAUUUCAAGAAUUGGUCCUGGGUGGUUACACUUGAAGAAAUGGACCUUGAUACUGGGAGAAAGGCCUUGGAUCCACAUUUGCAUAGGGCAGAAGUAAUAGCAGAGGAAGCUGCCGUCGCCAAGAUGUCGUUUAUAAAGAGAUUUUGGCAUGUUUGGUGUUAA